AUGUCAGUUGCACCGAGUACCUUGGACAUUAAUGAACUUUUUGAUGUAAGCUCUCAGGUCGAAACUGAGGAUGUCCCAAAUGGUGAAUCGCCAAAGAAAAAGCAAAAAGAAAACGGACAAUUCAAAGACAUUAAAGAUGUGGAGAUACCUCCACUUCCUGAAGUGGCAAGACAAGACCUCAUCGCCCGUAAUUAUCAAAUUGAACUUUUUGAAAAGGCAAAGAAAGACAAUGUCAUUGCAGUUUUAGAUACUGGUAGCGGAAAGACCUUUAUUGCUGUAAUGCUCAUAAAAGAAAUAGCUGCGAAAGAACGGUUAUUAAGAAUGCAACGAAGAGAGACCAAGCUCACAUUCUUUCUGGUGAAUCUCGUUCCUUUGGUGUUCCAACAAGCCAACGUGAUCGAAGCAAACUGUGAUCUUAAGGUCAAACAUUUUUGUGGUGAAAUGGGCGUUGAUCUUUGGAGCGAAAAAGAAUGGCGAAAAAAUUUUGAAAAUUAUGAUGUACUUGUCAUGACCGCACAAAUAUUUUUAAAUAUUUUGCGCCAUGGAUUUAUCUCACUGUCACAGGUUAAUUUGUUAGUAUUUGAUGAAUGCCAUCAUGCUUCAAAGAAACAUCCUUACAAUUUGAUUAUGAGAGAAUUUUAUGACAGAUGUCCUGAGGAAAGUAAACCAAAAAUAUUUGGCAUGACGGCAUCUCCCGUAAAUACUCGUAGUGCCCUUCAUUCUGCUAGUCAUUUGGAGCAUAACUUGAAUGCCAGAGUAUUUACAGCAAGUGAUACAGAUGAGGUUUGCAAAUUUGUAAGUAGACCUGACGAGAUUUCUAUAAAAUACGAUUCGCCUCCUAGAUAUGCUCCUACUGAGCUUUUCAACAAGCUCAAGGAAGAAUACCUUGAUGUCGAAAAAUUCAGUCGAGCAUUAUUAAGCGCACAACAAGCGCUUCAAGCUCUUGGUCCGUGGUGCUCCGAUCGUGUUUGGAAAUAUAUUUUGGAUGAAAUGCAUGAGAAGUCUGAAGGUAAAUUAAGUCCAGAACUUUGUGCAGAAUCGCAAGAAGAAGAACGUCUUGUGCGAAAAGCUAUGGAUAUCGUCAAUGAAUGGAACUUUCAACCUCCAAAGUGUGAACAAGAGGUUUUAUCGCCAAAAGUAAUCCAGUUAAUUAAUAUCCUAAAGUGCUUUAAAGAUCAAACUGAUAAUUUUUGUGGAAUUGUUUUUGUUGAACGUCGACACACAGCCAAUGUUCUUCAUCUUCUAAUAAAAGAGACUGAGGAGCUCUAUUUUAUUAAAUCUGGUGUACUUGUGGGUCACGGUUCUCACGAGGAAGGUGAUUUACAGAUGAAAUUCAAAGAGCAAAACAAAACUAUUAAUGCAUUCCGUGAUGGUAGAAUUAAUUUACUGAUCGCCACCAAUGUAGCUGAGGAAGGAUUGGAUAUUCAACCUUGUAACGUUGUCAUCCGCUUUGAUUUUUUCAAUACAUUAAGAGCCUAUAUACAAUCUCGAGGCAGAGCUCGACGCAAAGAUUCUAAAUACAUUGUUAUGAUUGAAAAUAAUAAUUUAAAAGAAUAUGGUACACUCAGAGAGAUGAAACAAGCCGAAAAAGAUAUGAAAGAUUGGUGUCAAAUGCUACCAGAAGACCGCAAAUUGUUGGGUGCACUUUUGAGCUAUGAGUCAGCGAUAUCUUUAGUUUAUUAUUACUGCUCGAAGCUUCCUGGUGAUAAUUAUUGUAUUUUAAGACCAGAUUUCAAAAUUGAGCGAGAAAAUGGUGGUGGGUUCACAUGUCAUUUGUCAUUACCAAACAAUGCACCUAUACGUCUUGUCACAAGCGAAGUUUCUUCUAGCCGAAGUAAUGCUAAGAAAGCAGCGUCUUUUAAGGCAUGUCUACAAUUAUAUGAGAAAAAAGCAUUAAAUGAUCAUCUCUUACCUGAGAUAGAAUGGAUCGAAGAAGAUCAUGAAAUGACUAAGCCAGUCAAAGAUGAAUAUGGCUUAGUAGAAGGGGCACGAAAAUCAAAAAGAGAAUACAAUCGCAAAAAUCCGGACUUAUGGAACAACGAUGAAGAAGAAAUGCCAUCAAUUCCAGAUAAAAUUUAUGUUACCAUUUUGAAAUUAGAAUUAGAAGACGAAAAAUAUGAUGGACAAUAUUAUCGUACCAUGUGUUUAUUAACCCGUAAACAAUUGCCGGAAGUUCCACCGAUUACUUUAUAUUUUCACAGUGUAGCUAGAGUAAUGAAUGUACUUCCUCAUUCCGUACCAAUUAGUAUUGAGUCGGAAGACUUGGAGAUAAUUUUCAAGUUCACAUUACGUACAUUUACAUCCAUUAUUAACAAAGAAUUUGUAUGCGAAUUUGAGAAGUUCACUUACCUUGUUGCACCACUUGUUCGUAACGCACCAAUUAACGAGAAUUUUUUUGAUUAUAUUGAUUGGGAAGGAAUGAGAAGAGCGGUCACCGAAAAACAACUACCAAUUGAUCUAGACAAUAUUUCUGAUCUAGAAGAUGCCGUUAUAAUUGACUAUUCUGAUAAUUUACGACGAUAUUUCGUUCAACAAAUUUGUCAUGACUUAAAUCCUUUAUCACCCAUACCGGAUGGCAUGGCUAUUAGAGAAGUCGGGUGUAAAAAUUUUGCCGAAUUUUACAAGAAACACUUUGAUCUAGAAUUAAAACACACUGAACAGCCAUUGCUUCAUGUACGUAAAAUCUCAAAGGUUAUGAAUUUCUUGCAGCCUGUCCCUGGUUCUUUACCAAUUCUGAAAGGUCGAACAGCUACAUAUGUGAUACCGGAGUUUUGUAAACAAUACCCCAUUAGAGCGUCUGUUUUUCGAUCUGCUCUUAUGCUACCUGCUAUUUUUACAAGGUUGGAUUCGCAACUUUUGGCUAUGGAAUUAGGAACACGAUUUGAAAUACCUAUUAGAGACGACUUACUUUUAGAAGCAAUAACUACGCCAUCAGCUAAUAUGGAAAUGAACUAUGAACGUCUCGAGACGUUGGGUGAUUCAUUCUUAAAAUUUUGCGUUACAAACAGGUUGUACGUUAUGUUUCCUGAUAAGCACGAGGGCCAAUUGCAUUGUCAACGUAUUCGAAUCAUUUGCAAUAGACAACUUUAUCGUGGAGCAAAAAAAUUGCACCUUUACGAAUAUAUUACAUCAUCACCAUUUAAUCGCAGAACAUGGCGUCCCGCAAACAUGUUAGCCAAUAUUGAUGAUGUCAAUAUCCUUAAGCAAAAUAAAGUUCAUGAAUUAGCGGAUAAAACUCUUGCUGACGUUGUCGAAGCAAUGUUAGGAGCUGCUUACAUGAGCGGACAAGUUGAUGCAGCCCUCAAAUGUUCUAUAGCUUUGGACAUUCAAAUGGAAGAUAUUACUAAGUGGAAUGACUUCCAUGCUAACAAUAAAAACCGACCUCGCGUUAAUGCCAAAGCGCUCGAUCGAGUAAAUGUUGAAAGGAUUGAAGAAAUAUGUGGACAUACUUUCAAAAAUAAAAUUUUGAUCGUUGAGGCCUUAACUCAUGCGAGUCUUCCGAAUUCUGCAACUCCUUGUUAUCAACGUCUUGAAUUUCUAGGGGAUGCAGUACUAGAUUUUAUGACAGUAAAGUAUUUAUUUGAGAAAUAUCCUGAUGGAGCACCUGGAAUAAUGACUGAUCUGAAAGAUGCGGCUGUCAACAACCAGGUUCUUGGUGCAAUUUGUGAGCGAAUCAAUCUUCACAAGCACAUAAUUCAUUUUUCCAGUAAAUUAACGGGUGGAAUAACGGAAUUCGUUAAUGCUGUGAACGAACUGAGAGAAAAGAAUGAGGCAGUUGGAGAAUAUUGGAGUGAAUUAGAUGUUCCUAAAGUGAUGAGUGAUGUUGUGGAAAGCAUGAUGGGAGCCAUUUUCGUUGAUUCUGAAUUUGAUCCAGCUGCACUACAAAAUGUGUUUGAUAAAUGGAUAAAACCUAUUUUAACUGAGCAUGUCACCCCUGAAACCUUAAAAGUUCAUCCAGUGAAGAAAUUAACCGAAUAUAUGCAAAAAGAAGGAUGCUUGGAGUUAUUAUUGAGAAACCAUACAUCGGAAGAAUCGGAUACUCAACAAUGUACUAUAUUCAUUCAUGAAACGCCAGUUGCACAUGCAAGUUCGACUAAUAUUAGGUCAGCAAGAAAGUUGGCGGCCCAGGAGAUUUUAGAUAAAAUUGAUGAUCCAAAAUUCCUUGACAAUAUUUGUACUUGUAUUCGUACAAGAUCUGAUUCGUUAUUCAAUGAUGAUGAUGACGAAGUAUUAUUAGAUUGA